AACCCAACCAGGUCAAGAUAACCUGAAGAUCUCUGUUCCCACAGAGAUCUUUGUUUACGUCUAUGAACGAAGAGGCUUCUUCAUUCGUCUGCUGAGUGGUCUUUUUCUAAUUUAACACUGAACCUGAGAAUGAAGCUCCUGUUCAGUUUGCUGCUUGUUGUGGCAACAACAAGCGGCCUCAGUGCUGCUCCUGAGGACCAAAUGAAAGUCGUCUCUGAAGACAUCCUAACACAGCUGUUAGAAGAUGGUGAGAAACUGGUGAACGAGGAGCUGAGGAGAGCUCUGUAUGGGGUGAAGCAGAUGAGGGAGGUGAUGUGGAGGAACGGGCAGAAGCAUAAGCACCUCAUGGACUCCUUGAAACACAGCGGUGACAAGAAGAGGGGAGCAGCUCAGCUGGCGAAGGAGGUGAGCGAGAAGCUGGAGGAGGCAGAGGAGCAGUGCAAAGACUCCCUGCAGUCAGAGUGGGAGGAAUGCAGACCCUGUCUGGAGGAUGCAUGCAAAACCUUCUACACCUCCACCUGCCACAGGGGCUUUGCUUCCUUCCAAGCUAAGGUGGAAAACUUUUUCCAAAGAGUCUCCAGGCGCUUCGGACCUCGAGAGCCCCCCAUGAGAGCGGGGGAGGUCCUGGUAAACCAGGAGCCUAACGACUCCGAGGCAGACGUGAUCCGAAUCGAAGAUCCCUUCAACCGAGUGAUGAGCAGGGCCGGUUCUGUGGUGAACCGCAGCAUCGCCCUGGCUUCCAGGAUGAGCAGCAAGCUGGACAAAGUCCUUCAGAGAGCUUUCCUGAACGCCACCGAAUCCCUGACAGAAGAAAGCACCUCUGAUCCCUUCUCCCCCAGCCGGGACUCGGGCUUCCUGAGGGGAGUGGGCCUGGAGGAGGUGCUGGAGUCUUUCUUUGACUUUAGCAAGAGAGUGGUGGAGGAGUUUGGAGCUGUAGUGACUCAGGUGUUUGAUGACCUCCACCAGGCAGUGGAAAAGGAGAAAAAGAAAGAAAGGGAAAGUUUACCUCGCUUCCUGCAGAACAGGAAGUUGUGCAGAGAUCUUCGCAGACAGACGUCUGAGUGCUGGCAGCUGCAGAACAAGUGUGAGGCCUGCCAGGGGGCUCUGCUCACAGAGUGCCCCAGUGUUCGGGAGCUGCACGUUGAGCUGGACGAAAUUUCUCAGCUGCUGGAAGUGUCCAAAGAGCAGUACGAUGAGAUCCUGUCCAUCGUCCAGCGCCACGCGGAUGAAACUGUCAAAUGGCUGAGCACCAUGGCGGCUGAAUUCAGCUGGGUGGCUCAGGCUGUGAGCAACGACAGUGCUCCUCAGAACAUCUUCCGUAUCACAACGGUGGUACCAGAGAGUCAUGAUGAACAGAACCCGUCUGCUACAGAGACCAAGGUGGAGGUAAAUAUUCUGAACUCUCCCCCUCUCACCCUCACUAUUCCUGGAGACCUGGAGCUGCAGGACCCAGCAUUCAUCCAAUACGUCAUCCAGGAAGCUCUGGACAAGUAUAAGGAGAUGCUCCGGAUUGAGGAUGAGUAAAACUUCAGUGUCUUCAUCUUCAGCACUUUAUUUACGAGCAGCACUAGACUGCUUAGCAGGCAACGUUUUGCUGAAAUACAACUAGACAACUGUCAAUUACCAACUGUAUGAAAAAGUAAAUGUACUCAUUUCCUGUUGUCAAAUGGUGUAAAUGAAACAAAACUGUAUUUAUUGGCCAAAUAAGACAUGAAUUGUUCAGACCAGAUGAGUCAAAAACACAAGAACUACAGGAAAUUUGUUUCAUUCUUUUAUUUUUGUUAUGUACAAAAUCAUAUUAACUUUCAUUACUUUAAUCUUUUACGUCUCCCAUUAGCUCAAGUCCCAGUUUUCAGGAACAAAUGCUCAUGAUGCUCAGAAAUUAAAAAGUUCACAUCUUUAUAGCUUUCAUUAGGUCUCGUCAUUUCUCAGACUUUGACAUAAAACUGUACUGAAGUACCUCGGAGGGUUUGUAUUUUCCGUUUCUAUAGAAAACACUAAAGCCCUGUCUAAAUACUGCUGCUGUACGUCAGAGAAAAUAAAAAUGAUUUAAAAAUCUGUCUUGUAAAGCUCUAGCUUUUAAAUUAAACAUAUGCUCAGUUAACAGCAGACAUCACAGGUUUGUUUAGAUGAUAUUUU